AUGACGACCGCCCACAGACCGACGUUCGAUCCCGCGCGCGGUAAAGAAGCCCAGCGAGGACCCGCCUACCACCAGCGGCUACUCCCAGCGCACACAACACUCAAGCAUAGACAGCCCGGACAGGGCGGUGAUGCCGACAUACAGCGCGAUCUUCGCGCCGAACUUUUGGAGGCCGAGGCGCGUCACAUCGCGAAGAAGAACGGCACCUACGUCGAGCCGGAGGCAGCAGCAGAGUCUGGCAAUGCGCACAAACGUCAGAUCGAUGCUGUGCCAGCAGCUGAAGAGGGGGAGGAGGAUGAAGCAGCUCAAAAACGGCGGCGCAUAGAAGUCUUGGAGAAGUUCAGAGAUGUGGAUGCCGACGAUAGCAGUAGUGAGAGCGAGAGCAGCGACGACGACGACGAAGACGAAGAAGAUGAAACCGCGGCUCUCAUGCGCGAGCUGGAGAAGAUUAAGAAGGAGCGCGCCGCAGCCAAAGCCAAAGAGGAGGCAGAACGCGCCGCAGAAGAGGAACAACAACGCGAAAUCGAUGUCGCCCGAGGUAACCCCUUACUCAACGCAAAAGACUUCACCAUGAAGCGACGUUGGGACGACGAUGUCGUGUUCAAGAACCAAGCACGCGGUACCGAAGACAGGAACAAGAAGAAGGAAUUCAUCAACGACAUGCUGCGGUCCGACUUCCACAAGAAAUUUAUGUCCAAAUAUAUCCGAUGA